GUCACUGGGAACGCAUCCAACUAUUUCUGACAGAUAUUCAAAAGCCUGAUUGUUCGCACAUUCACUUCAGCGUGGCUCGCCAAGGUUAGGGGAGAAUGAACGCAAGUGUCUACCUGGGGAUCAGAUCAACGGGUCUUCCUGGGUGCUCUCAUCGUGUCCUUUAAGAAGCAGAAACCGUCUCACAAUGUCAGGAAAGGUUGCUCAGUCUAUGCAGCUGCGGAUUAUUAUGAGGUACUGGGGGUGCCCAGGGACGCAGAUCUAAAGCAGAUCAAGCAGGCCUUCAAAAAGAAGGCAUUGAAAUUACAUCCAGAUGUCAACAAAGCUCCAGAUGCAAAGGAGAGGUUUAUGGAGUGCAAAGUGGCAUAUCAAGCCCUGUCGGAUUCAGCAGAGAGAGCGCGGUAUGACCGCAGCAAGGGUAUGGGCGGUUCAGAGGCUGGUUUCAGCUGGGAAGAUGUGGUCAGCAGUGGGGCGCGCAGCAGGAAGGCAGCAGAGGAGGCGUUCUAUGGCCUGGGAGACUUUUUCAAGGACCUUGAUAGAGACCGCACAGAGCGGCGGCGCAGCCGCGGCCGUGCAGAGCAGCCGAUGAGCCUGUGGGAGGAGCUGUCAGACAUCGGGGAGGAGUUUGUGGAAUUUUUGGAAAAAGAAAUCGGCCUCUCAGCACCCCGGGAGGAGACAUACAGCAGCGCGAGGACAUACGAGACAGAGGCCUCGGCAGAGCAGGCUAGGAGGCAGGUGCGGGAGGCAGAGGAGAGGGCGAGGAGGGCAGCCGCCACUGCAGAAGAAGGUGCCAGGAAAGUGAAUGAUGACAUUGAAGAGAUGCUGCAGAAAAUGAAGAGAGACCUGGGCGUCAAAUAGGGGGCAGGAACAAUGCUGAUAUUGGCCUAUUCACAGUGUUGUUUUGUCUUCGGUGCUGUCAGGCCUUUACAUUUUCCUUCAAAACUAGAUAAUGUAAUUGCAGCAAUGCUGU